AUGAGCUGUGGGUUCCUAUGCGAAGAAGUAAAUGACGAGGUCGAUGCUGCAGUUCAAGUUCAUGAGGCACACCGUGAGCUGAAGGCACAGUUUGAAAGCCCUCUGCUCGGGGCAGGUUGGCUGGUGGAGCACCUUUCUCACCAUGAACCGGAUGACAUUGAAGUGGUAGGGGAUGAAGCACACAAGCACGGCCACCAGCACCACCAGGCACCGGCUGGACGCUGUCAUACUCAUGCAGGUCAGCCUGCCGGCCACGAGCUUGGUCAUGGAGAGCAGGAGCAGGGGCGCCGUCUGCAGAGACGCCAGGACCCACACAGCCACACAGAUGAGCCUGGCCCGCCGGGGUCCACGGAGCCGGAGACACUGGUGGGUGCGGACCACAGCCACGUAACGGUCCACGCUCACGCAUGCCAUCAGAUUCCAGAUGUGGAGAAAAGGGAGCCCUCCUACACUGUUGAUGGGAAUGUAAAUUGGCGCAGCCGCUAUGGAGAACGGGCAAACCACACGCCGGCCCGCAGCCCAGGGCGCCGGGUACACCGCACAGCCCCAAGGCCCCACCAAGCGCCACUUCCUCCCCGAAAACUCCGGUCUCUGCAGCAGCCCCCACACCUGGUGCUCGAGCAUCUGAGGGCAACUCACAGGUGGAGUGAAUGUCUACAUUAUGCUGAACUUCCAGAACCAACUAGAGAUACAACAGCGACAGAGUCCUUCCUUCUGGUGAAGUGGACAGAUGAGCAGGCAGGCGACCUCUAUGGAGAGACAGACGCAGCUGAGAGAAUUCAGGCCCUUUUGUCUUAUUUUCCUACAUUGUCAAGGAUCCACAUUACAAGGUUGAAGAGAAGCGGUGAUGGCAGGAGAUUAGAACACAGGCAUACACAGAGGGAAGACCACAUGAGGACACAGGGGGAAGACGUCCGUCUACAAGCCAAGGAGAGAGACCUCAGAGGAAACCAACCCUGCUGACACCUUGAUCUCAGACUUCUAGCCUCCAGAUUUGUGAGGAAAUAAAUUUCUGUUGUU